UAGAACAUAUAGUCUAAAAUAAUGGCGUUUUCCCAAUCAGUUCAUAAAAGUCAAAUACCUAUAAACUGUCAUUUCUGUGAUAUUGAGAAAAACAUUCAGUGGAAAUGCCUUGAGUGUGAACUUUUGAUGUGUGACAAUUGUAAAGUAAAGAGACAUCCAAGGAUUAAAAACUCAAAGGACCAUAAGGUGAUCGAUAUCAAAGAUGUAGGACUGCACAGUGAAGAGUUAGAUUUUACUAAUAUAAAAUGCAGGGACCAUUCUGGACAAACUUGCUGCCUUUUUUGCCAGUUAUGUAACAGUCUGGUAUGUCCAACUUGUGUAUCAAAAGUACACAAGCAACAUGAUUUAAUUGAAAUCAGUGAAGCAUAUAACAUGAAAAAAGAUAAGCUGAAGAAAGGACAGAGUAAAAUUGAGACGAGCAAAGCUGAAGUGCUCAUCAAGAAAGGUCAUUUGGAAAGACUUAAGAAUGGUGAAAAUGCAAAAUAUACCAGAGUCAUUGGGAAUAUUAAGAAUCAAGAAGAAGCUUUGAAACAGGCUGUUGACAAACAUAUUGAAAAGAUAAGAAAUGAAGUGGAUCAAGAUCGGAAAACUGUUAUGCAAUUCAUUGAUGCUGACCUUGAAAACAUAUUGCGAUCCAUGCAACAUUCUGAUGAAAAAAACAAUGAAAUAGAAGAUUUAAUAAACAACACUGACAUUGCAAAGUUUUUCCAUGAAGUCAGUAGAAUGGAAGAUUCAAUGGAUGUACCAGCACCAAAAACCAAGUCAACCUACAAAUCCAUACGACACUUUGUCCAAGGAGAGAUAACUCAGUCUAAUGUUGGGGCGUUACAAAGUAAGGAUAUUCCACUAGAAUUAAGUGUUACUCUAAAUAUCAAUAAACAAUAUCAGACUGAAUUAAGUGCAGUGUUGGAUAUAUUUUCUUGUUCUGACAAGUCAAUCUGGAUAAAUAGUAAUUUGGAUGGAAUUUUAAUGAGAGUAAUACCUGAGGGAAAUAGUUUAAAAACAAUAUCCACCUUCAACAUCAAGGUCUAUGGUAUUUCACUUACUGCUGAAAAUGACAUAUUACUGACAACUGAGAAAUACAAUAUACAAAAACUCACUUAUACCACUAGUAAAAUAGAAACAGCAUAUGAUAUGUCACCCUAUUACUCUACAACCGUCCAUUUAACAAAAAAUAACAAAGUUGUAGUAGGAGUUGUUAAUAGUGAUGCACAAUAUAAGGUGAUAGUAAUGAAUAAGAAAGGUGAGCAUGAGACUGUGUAUGAACAUGACCAACACAACCAACCUAUAUUCAAUUAUCCUGUGAGUAUAACCAGUACCAGUAAUGGGAAUAUACAUGUGGCAGAUAAUUACCCAGAUAGUGACAGAGGUAGAGUGGUGGUGUUAGGACAGGGAAGGGGUAUAAUCAAUACAUAUUCAGGACAUACAGAUGUCAACAAGCACAAACCAUUCAAACCAGUCAAUAUAGUGACGACACCAAGAGAUAAUGUCAUUGUGAUAGAUACGGGUACUAGUACCUUUCAUUUACUAGACAAUAAUGGACAAUUACUGACAUUUUAUAAAACAAGUGACAUUGGAAUACUAUAUCCUGCGUCCCUUGCCUUCACACAAACAGAACAAGUUUUGAUUGGCUGUGCUAAACCAAAAGACAGUACAGACAAGGAAGCGAAGAUAUAUGAAGUGACUAUAUCAGAAUAUUAAAAAAUUCACAUGUUGUCUGGGUCAAGUUAAAGAAGAAAGAGUAAGGACAGUAGACAGCAUUACAGAUCUAGAUAUGUAACUAACAAUCAGAUGAUCAGACUGUAACUUGAAAUAUAAAAAAUAGUAGGAAUUUAAUUCAACAGUGUAAGAAAAUUAGAAUACUAUUUUAUAUGAUCAUGCUUAAAUAAUGUCAUACAUAACAAAGAGAAUGUUGACAAAAAAUAUAAUUUUGAUAAGCUUAUAACAUAUCAUACAUUGUAAUACAUGUAUACACUUUGACAUGUCACCUCCUGUUUUUAUUUAUAAGUUAAUAUGUAAUUCUUUUGACAUUGUUAAUAAUCUAUCUACUGCAGUUUGAAUCAGUACUUUUUAUAUCCUCUAAAGGGAACUUGCAAAUCAGCCAAUAGAAUUAUGAGUUUCUCCCUAGGAUUGGCAUUGUUGUAAAUGAUGUAUUCAGAGCAGGGGAGAUAAGCCAGAUAUUUUCAUGUUUAAAGAAGUCAAUUUUUUUUUUUAAUUUAAAUCAACAUUUUUGUGAUAACUUGGACUCAAUCAAUUCAUUGAAAUUUUUUUUAAUCAAUUAUGUUUUAUUCAAAUGAUGUUUUUCUAUAUACAACUUUAUUAUUCAAAUAUGUGCAUACCAAUGUUUUUUUUAUUCAUAAUGUACAAUGAUGUAUAGCAUAAUAUUUUGAUUUCUUCUAUAUACCAAUGUUUUUUUAUUCAUAAUGUACAAUGGUGUAUAGCAUUAAAUUUUGAUUUCUUCAAAGCCAAAGAACUUAAAGUUAUAUUUUGUUGUAUAUAUUUUU